AUGGCUUGGUACAAUCAAACCGUCGACUCACUCUCCGAGUUCUUGGCAAGCCACCGCAGUCAACUUCCCCUCCUGGCUGCAACAGGGGCCUCGUUGACUGUGGCUUAUGUCCUGCGCUCGCUUCUAUCGGACUCCCAGCCGGAGGGGAAUGUCUAUCGCUCCCCUCUUGCCAGGGUCAAGGCCUUGUCGGAUGCGGAAAACUGCGAGCUUCCUCUGCCUAUCGACGUUCUUCCUGGGGCCCGGGAUGUGCCCACCAGUUUUGGUGGCUCAAUGCGUGUAUAUGAGUGGGGCCCGGAUGAUGGCCCCAGGGUCCUCUUGAUCCACGGCAUUACGACCCCUUGUAUUGCAUUAGGCGGGUUAGCCCAUGCCCUGGUCGAUCGAGGGUGCCGUGUAAUGCUCUUCGACCUUUUCGGAAGAGGGUACUCCGAUUGUCCCUCGGAUCUGCCACAAGAUGGCACGUUGUGGAAUCGACAGAUCUGGUCUGCCAUCAACUCGUCUCCUAUCUUCAAGAGGCCGGGGGAUCUCUGCCUGGUCGGCUACUCAUUAGGCGGCGGUAUCGCGGCGAAUUUCGCGGCUUUCCAUCCUCAGGCUAUUUCCUCGUUGGUUCUUCUUGCGCCUGCUGGUUUGAUUCGUGAUUCUCGGAUCAGCUUCCAAUCUCAGCUUCUCUACUCGCACGACUGGAUACCAGAGAAACUACUGAAGUUCUUCGUCCGUCGUCGCCUACGCGCGGGUCCGUUGACAUCCAAACCUGCGAACAAGAAGCUCAGUGCAGAAGAUGCGUUGGUUGAAGAACUUCCCAAUCAAGGUGCGACGGAGGUACAGCGACUGUCUCGGGCUUACACACAUGUGAAUGUCCCCAACGCAGUCAAGUGGCAGGUGGAUGAGCAUCCCGGUUUUGUGCAUGCUUUCAUGUCCAGCAUGCGGUAUGGGCCCAUCCUGCAGCAGCGCCAACUGAAAGUAUGGAAGCAGCUGGGAGACUGGCUCGCCACGGGGAAGAAGGCCGGCUCGGAUGCGAUCCCCGGUCUUCCCCAUGACAAGGUUCUCAUUAUGUAUGGCGAGCACGACGCGGUCAUUGUGAAAGACGAUCUCGUGCCCGAUGCCACUGCAGCACUACAAGGCCUCGCGAGCUUUAAGUCCUACGAUGCGGGCCAUGAGUUCCCAAGCACAAACCCGCAUGAAGGCUGGUUCUCCUUCGAGGGCGUCCCUCUAAAGUGGCACUACCCCAUCGGACUCCUGUAUGACCUGUACGCGGGCGCCGACCCGGCCUCCAAGGGCGGCGGCACCGAGCCCGACCUCCUCUCCGCCGCCGGCGCAGACGAGGACCCCCUCCCCUGGCGGCUGACCGUGCACUUCAGCGACUGGCCCGACGAGGAGCUGGUGCGGCUCGACGCCGACGGGAUGGUCAUGCACGACGCGUUUAUCAACAGCGUCAAGGAGGCGGAUUUCCUGCGCAACGGCACGGCGAAGGGGAUCAUGGCGCUAUCCAAGGAGGAUUCCGCGGGCCUGUGGACGGCGGUGAGAGAUGUGGACCUCCCCGCCUUCCAACGAAUCUCCAACAUCCUCCUCCCACCGCCCAACCAACCCUUCCGCAACGUGCCCGUCCGCUUCUUCCUGCCGUUGCCCCCGGAUUCGGACUCCCCCUCGCUGAAGGUGGUCCAGUCGCCUAUCCCGCCGGUGAUCGCCCCGUCGUCGGUGUCGUCGUCGAUCGCGGCGAGUCAGUCGCUGAUGAUGGCCGCCGCGCGCGGGGCGCCGCAGGUCCAGACGGUCGGGUCGGCACUACAUGCGCUGCUGCCGAACCUGUUUCCGAGUCGUAGGACCCCCGUGCUGGCGAAGCCGGUGCUCCAUGGGGCGGCUGUGCCGAUGGCGGCGCCGGUGGAGGAGCUGGUAAGGUGUUCGGCGUAUGGCGAUGGGUGGGUCUAUGUGGUGGUGCGGAUGAUGGGGUAA